AUGGCCUCGAUGGGGAUGCAGAUGUUGGCCAGCGCCCUGUGCCUCCUGGGUUGGGCAGGGGUCAUCAUCAGCUGCAUACUGCCCAUGUGGAGGGUCACGGCCUUCGUGGGCAGCACCAUUGUCACCUCCCAGACCAUCUGGGAGGGCAUCUGGAUGACCUGUGUGGUCCAGAGCACCGGGCAGAUCCAGUGUAAGCCGUACGAGUCCCUCCUCGCUCUCAGCGCUGACCUGCAGGCCGCCAGGGCUCUUACUGUCCUCGCUAUCACUACAGGUGGCAUAGGCCUCAUUCUGGCCUUCGUCGGAGGGAAGUGCACUCGCUUCUUGGAUGAAGAAGGAGGUGGGGUUAAGGGCAAGGUGGCUGUAGCAGCAGGGGCCGUGUUGAUUGCCACAGGGCUGCUGUGUUUGAUUCCAACAUCUUGGGCGGCUGGGGCAGUGGUGAGCAAGUUCUACAGCGCCUCCAUAGAUGCUCAGCGGCGAGAGAUUGGAGCCUGUCUCUACAUUGGCUGGGGAGCAUCCAUCCUGCUCAUUCUGGGAGGGGGUUUGUUCAUCAGCUCGACUUGCCCCCUUAAAGCCCAUGACGUAGACAACAGCCCCUCUGUCCGCUACCUGGUGGUCCGCUCCUCCAAUGGGUCCAGCCAGGCAGGUUCUCAUUGCAGCAGGAUGACGGCAGCAAAGUCCCAGCCUGUCAGAGCAGCGUUCCCCCGGUCCCACGAGGGAGCGGCCACAAAGUCUCAGGUGUACACAAGGCCUCCCUGGGAGGACAGGCCUGAGCAGGGUUCCACGCAGGAGUCAGAAAGGUCAUGGGCACCAUCAACAAAGUCUCAGAUGAAGAGACAGGAGUCGACGAAUUCUGAAAACAGUGAGGCGUUGUCUACAAAGUCUAAGCUGAGACAAGCGGAAAUGGAAGCGAAUUUACCGGUGAACAGUGGAAAUGAAGAUGCAUCUUCAAAUCCAGCGAGAACAUACCUAUAA